UUUUCCCUGUUACACAAAACAACGCCGCGCUGAAAAUGACUGGGCGCUCGCUCCUGAGUUGGAUCCGUAUUUUCUGGUCUUUUCUCGCCUUUUGUUUCCUCGCCGCUCUCUGCGUUCACAAGCUCUCCAGAAAAUACCAAACGUGUCGUCUGUACAUUGUAUUUCAGGAUCUCAUUCGCUACGGGAAAACCAAACAAAACCACAAACGAGACAAAUGGCUGCGAGUGUUCGACGUCCCUAAAAGGUGUUUCUGGCACUUCUACGCAGUCUCGGUUUGCUGGAAUGGUUUCCUCCUGACCUUGUACCUGAACUUCACGUUUCGGCAUCACCCGCUGCCAUCGUGGCUCACGGGGAUGUUAGACAUGUUGUCAGGUGCAGGAGGCGCAGACAGCCAGGCCCCACAGCUCUCCAAACUCCUGGUGCAGCUGCUGCUCUGGCUCCACUGCCUCAGGAGGCUGCUGGAGUGCCUGUGGGUCAGCGUCUUCUCCGAUGGAGCCAUGCAUGUGCUGCAGUAUGUCUUCGGUCUCGGGUACUACAUCGUGCUGGGGUUAACAGUGCUAGGCUCAGAUCAUGGGGGAGGAGGGGCUGGCUCCCUCCUCUCCCAGUUGAGCUGGUUUCACGUGGCUGGGUUUGGAUUUUUCAUUUCCGCCUCGCUGCUGCAGCACCAGUCCUUGGUCCUGCUGGCCAGGCUGCGCACUGGAAAGUCAGGAUCAGUGGAGACGCUGGCUCACAGUCUGCCAACCGGAGGCUGGUUUGAGCUGGUCUCAUGCCCACAUUACUUCUCUGAGCUGCUGAUCUACAUCUCACUAGCCUUGGUGUAUGGAGGCCUGUCUUUGACCUGGUGGCUUGUUGUCCUCUAUGUGCUCUUCAACCAGGCACUGGCUGCACAGCUCUGUCAUGAGCUCUAUAUCAGCAAAUAUGAAUCAUACCCGAGACACAGAAAAGCAUUCAUACCUUUUGUGUUUUGAAUAGUUCUGCAUCUUGAUGCAUUCCAUUUUGGGGAAGAGUGAACAGGAUCUGAAUGCGCAGGAAUGAACUCGCCUCUCACCGCGUUGAAACAGUGCACUCAACCAAGUGGAGCUGCUCGAUACUCAAAAGGACUUCAUGCAGUGCAGCUGCUCCCGAGUGUGAACAUGAAGCAUAGCAGGGCUGCAGGAUUGUUCUUCAACAGCAGAGGUGUCUCCGGGGGUAAGGGAAGCUGUUCGUCAGGCGCUGAUGUGAAGAAAUGAGGAACCUCACCACAAAACACUUGUUACAGCAAGAACCUUGUUUUUGUAAAAACUAAAUACUUUCAUGUGAUGUUAACAUAUUUUUGCAUUGUAAGAAUAAGCAACUUUACAUAUUUGAUUGAUAAGGGGUCAUUUCAAAACAUAAGGGGAAAGGGAGAACCAUUCUUAAUCAUUUUAUGUUGUUGCAGAAUAUGAAAUGUUCACUUUAAAACAGAAAGCCAAAGAAGAUGGUAAGAGAGAAACCAAUGAGAAAGUCUGACAUGUUUUCUUAAUAAUUGUAAUUAAAAGAAAAUAGAGAAAUCACGCCAAU